AUGGGGGUGCAACCGCAUCGCGACCACCCCAGGAACAAUGAAGCUAUUCAACAGCGUGUUCAAGAGCUUGUGUCAGCCAGAACGCGAACGCGCGAGAUUCUCCGUAUUCUAAGCGAAGAGGGAACACCAUUGUCAGAACGCACACUUCGCGCAAUUCGCAAGAAACUGGGCAUUGUUCUCCGUGUAGACAAAGUCAAACCACCACAACCAAGACCCAAGCCCAGGCCCAUGGAUGAGGCCAAGGCCUGUCUUGCACUUGAUCAAUUCAUCAAGUGCUGCCAGCCGAUUUUGCGAAAUAAUCUCCUACCUCCUAAAAAGGACGAACUGGAGAAUAUCCUUUGUGUUGCCAGGGAGAAGAGACGCGAGUAUCGUAUGCGAUCGAGUAUCCAGUCACUCCGUAUACCGGUCGGAGAUAGUGAACCCACUCAAACGCCAUUACAAGAUGCUCAGCCGGCCUAA